AUGACAUCUAAAAUCCAUGCCGAACCAAUUCCAAUCCCCACAAAGGCCCGCGCACCGGAAAUCGGGCGCGCUCCAAAGAACAGAGAGAAUCGGAUCAUGGCCGGCCAAAUUAUUGUUUUGAAUGGGUUUUUGCGGUAAGACAAAAAAGAAAAAAAAUACUGUAAAUAUGGGAAAAUAUUUGAAUUGGAAGACAUGAAAAAAUGUAUCGAGUCCAAAUUUUUUUAAACAAAAUUUUUUUGUAAAAAAUUGAUGAUUACUGCAAAUGCCUGUUGAAAGCCCCAGUUAGGCCAUACAAAACUUUAAUCAAAAUUUGGGUCAAAGAUUUAAUCAGAGCCUUCACCAAAAAUUUAAAUUUGAAAAUAUUGCCCUGGUCCCCCCUGUCCGCCUUCAUCGAUUUUUUUUGCAACCUUCAGUAGUUCUAGCAUCAAAAUCGCGGACCCUGCCACAAAACACAAGCUAAAAAUCUUGAAGAUUGCUUAAAAAAGCCUAUUUUUUAUUUACCUCAAGUUUCCCAAUAUCUCUUCAAAGUUAUUUCAAGCAAAAGAAUCGGCCGAUCCAAAAAACUCGAUGUUUCGACACCGUUUUUUCUAAUCCAACAAGCACUUGUAGUUAGUAAAAAGCAUCUGCAAGCGCGGGUCGAAGCUCUUUUCUUGUGAUUUGGCUUCUUUCCGGAGUCAUCCGAAUCCGGACUUCGGGACUAAAUUUGUUUAGACCCGACCAAAAAUGGGGAAGUAAGACGGCCGCAAGGAAGGGCCGAAACCGAAACUAUACGACAAGUCGGGAGGGGAAAUAAAGAAAAUCAGGAAAUUAAAAGUAAAUAACACUUUUCGAGCUUUGGACGACGUUCCGUUCGCGCAGAUGUUCGACACUUUGCUCGCCGAGAAUGGGGGGAAAUAACAUCUGCGGUGAAUGUGCGGCGCAGUAUUACAUGAUUAGGUCGUCUGAGAUUCAAUUUUGAAGAGGGGAGAUUGGAUUAUACGAUCCCACGAGGUGCAACAAAAAAGAAACCACUGCACAAAUGUUGGACAGAAGUUUUUAAUUUUUUGUAUAUAAGAUUAAAUUUUUUUCAACUGAUGACCCAACGAAAAAAUCAAUGCGAUAAUCCUAGCUCGCGCUUUACAGAGACAACCGAGAUUUUUAGAUCGAAAGUCGGCGAAAAUUUAAGACUUUUUGACGAAUUUUGGCAUGAAAAGUUUCAUGCCUAUUUCUACCGUAAAGCAUAAUGUUUCUACAAAAAAUCAGAUUUUUCCGCUCGAAACUGCCAAAGUUAUGGCCAAAAAACGUUUUUCUCUCUGACCGCUCUCCACGUUUAGCGUGCUCUCUCGGCGGAAAAAAUCGUUAAAUAUUUCGGCGGCGCCUGCAAACCGCGAGCUAAAACUUUCAGGAAUUGAUAUCCAGUCUAUGGCCGACGUAUGUGCAAAAUUUAAAGGAAACCUAAGCGUCGCACAUAUGGUACUUACUUCCCUUGUAAGAUCGAAAAAUCGAUAUUUUGACCUUAUAAAUAGCCAAAGAUAAGCUCUUAGAUAUGUAUGUUAGAACUUGCGGAUGAUUUCACCCGUCUUAGCCGUCCUUUGCAAUGCAUAUAUCAACAUUUUUCCUUUGCGACCCGAUGAUUCUUGAACUAAAAAUACACGAAAAAAACCGUAGCCCCAGCAUAAAAUACAUAUCCAAAAUUUACGGAAAUACCUGAGCGGGUACCCAACAUUUUUUCUCUUAAAAAACACUUAUGUCUUUCGUCAAAUCCAAGAUUUUCGAAUCCGGGACGCGGAACCGGCAGUUUAAAAAACAUUUUUCGUUGCAAAAAAUCACCGAAAAACAAACUUUGGCAUUCGUCUUUGCAAGCGCGGGUUUUGAGUUCGCAAAAAACGAGGGAACUUGACCUUUUGUGUCAGAAUUUAUCGAUGAAUGUAAUUCCUGUCGCUAAGGUCGUUUGGAAUUCGUAUGGAAAAAGGUGAGGAAUCGAAAAUUGUCCUGCGAAUAAUUAGGAUUUUUUGAUUAGAAUUACGGUAGUUUUGGUGGGUAAAAUAUUAUUUUUGUUUUAAAUUCAAGAAAAAAUUUUUAAUAGUAAUAAAAAUAUUUUUUCGGAUAGUAAACUUCGGAAAAUAGUUAUAUAACCGCGGGCUGUGGAAAAGCCAAUAACCUCACACUGAAUGACUUAUAAUAACUUUUAAUGAUGGCCCGGGAAAUGACCCACUCUCUCGAAAAGUUAACUAUCCCCCGUUUUAAUGACUCACUCUAAAAAACUUACUGCUGUUUUUGGGGGAAAAAAGGGCAUACGAAAGCUAAAAUGCUUUCUUCUUUAUAAUGUAGCCGCUGGUUAGCAAACUAGAUGUUUUAAAAAUCAAAAUCAAUAAACAUCCAUUAUUACGACUUUUUAUCAAAGAAUGGGUUAAUUGGCUGAGGCAAAACACUCAAAUUUUCUAAAAAUUUUGUCGACUUACUCUUGCUACUCUACACAUCAACCCCUAAAAAUCAUAGCUCUCGUUUCGCGACUCCAACCGAGAUAUUCAACAAUGUUUGCAGCCGCGGGCAUUAAAGUCAUGAGUAAUAUAAACACAAAUUUCUCAAAGUCGGAUAGCCAAAUUCCACUCAAAAUUUGCAGGAUACUAGAUUAGCCACUUAUAAAUUGCUAAAAAUUCAAGCUGGCGAUUUGCGCCUGCAGCGGAGUAACUGCGCAACCUUUUUUCGAGAGAUCACGCAAAUGAGGAGAGCCGUCCGGACAACUUUUUAUGUCAGUAUCUCUGCGAAUCUUGUUUGGAAAAUUUUGGUUUUUUUUGUAGGAGUAUUAUCCCAUCAAUAGAGAAACUUACAAGUAAAAUUUCAAAGCCAAUUUUUUGAAAAAUUCCGGCAUAAAAAUCCCAAAGGUUUCUGCAAAAAAAAUUUUCAAUUUUCAUUUAAUUAAAAUUUUUUUUUGGCCUCUAGCACGUUCCUUGUUACUAUAAUAAAUACGAAAAAACUGGCCUUUUAGACUCGGGCUAUGCCGUUAUAACGGUCAAUUCUUAUUCCCCGCUCCUCCAAACCGACCAUAACCCCUAAACGAAAGCAAUAAUUCGUUUUUUCCGAAGAGCCCCCGCGGACCUCGGGCAACAUUCUUCGCACUUAUAAAUGAACUGGAAAAAAAUAACAAUCGAGUAGCCCCAUUUCCCAAGGGCAACCUUAAAAUGGGCGGUUGAGUCAUCGUUACUCAUCCGACGGCCAAAUGAACGUUUCCGCCCGAAUUUUGGGGGGCGCGAGAAACAUUUUCUCUUAUUAUGCGACAAGUUUAAACAUGUCGGCAACACUUGCGCAAACUAAAUUAGAGCGUUCGGCCACGUCCGUUUAACCAACGGAUUAUAAGUUUGCCCGAGCGGAACAGGAGGGAAAAUCGGAACAAUUUUUAAAUUUCGGUUAAAAAUCAAAUUUCGAAAAUUGAUUUUUUUCGUAAAUUUUCCUUCUAAAUUUUUAGUGGGGGACCCCGAACUGGAACCUUUAGAUUUUGCUAAAAACUGCGUUUCUCGGCUGCGGAUGCAAGUAGAAGGCUAAAAUUUUCAGACAUAAAUCUAUGGCCUACUUAGGGUGUUUAAUUUGAAGAAAGAUAAAAAAAGUGAGUUUUGGUAUACCGCUUCUAUGAAUUUUUUUGACUAUGAUCUAAUCUCGUAUCAAUGAAAUAAUUUUUCGGAUAUCAACGAGCCUUCUACUUCAACCCCAUAGCUCAUAGCUCAAAGAUUUAACCUCCAAAACUAUAUAAAAGUCUCCUACACCCACAGGAGUGGUCAUUCUUCUCACCUUCCUCAAACAAAAACUCUGCAAAAAACCUUGCACUAUCCGGAAUCAAAAUCCUCGUGUGAUAAGCGUCUUAGGCGUGGAGGCAUGACUAAAUUACACGCGAAAUGACCCGCACUAUGCUAACAAAAGGUCUUGAAUAAAACGCUUUUCCCGCGUUUCCCACUAAUCGGCCCAUUGUUCGGGGCGGGUUCAAAGAAGGGAUGCGCAUGGAAAUUAGGCUUGCAAAAAAGUUGGGAAGAGCGUUUGCGAAUGGACCAUGGGUCAGUUAGGAUGAGACGGAGAGGAAAUGGAUACGGAAAUCCAGAGUUAAAACUGAGAAAUUGCUGUUUGUUUGGAGAGCAAUACGUGGACAGCCUACUGAUGGGACAAAUAAGUUUGUAGAGGUAGUAAUCGAAGUGCGACGCUUGAAUUAUCUUUAGAUUCUCCAUAAUUUUCCUUGUGAGGCCAGGUUUCUAUUGCUGAAAAAUUUUUUUAGCGCUUUGCAGAGAGAGCGGAGCCAUUCAGCGAUCUUGAAGAGAAGAGAGUAUGGAAAUGAGGAGAAACGAAGAGAAAAAAGGCUUUUGUCUAUAUCUUUGUUAACUUUGAACGGUAAACUCUUUCAUAAAAAAAAUUACGUUCCAGUAAAAAAAAUGUGAGCUUAGUUUUUAUUAAAAGAAUAAAAAAUGAAAAUUUUCAUAUCAAAAAAAGUCAUCAUGCCUUCGGCAGUUAAAUUCCCUAAGAAGCAAUGCAACAAUUUUAUUUACAUUCGCCUCAUAAUGACCACCAUCAAUCAUAAAAUUUGGAGUGUUCAAACCAAGUCAUGACCAUGGUGUUUCGUCUGAAAUGAAGUUGACGCAAGUCUUUAUAAAGACAUUCUUCUCAUUUUGUGCCGCGCUUCUUCCGCUAAGCCGGAAAAGGGACAGCCAAGCGACCGGACUUCAAACAAUUGCGCACAAUUUGACGCGCCGAAUUUAAAUUAAGUCGAGCCCAAGGUCUUAUCAAUCUUUGAGCAAUGGGCGGGAAGUUAUCUUUAGAAAAGGCCUGCAUUUUGAAAAAAAUGUUGUUGUGAAAAAAUACAGGUUUAAAAUGCGCUGCUUGAAAAUAGGCUAUUUAAAAAACUACUGGCUCAAAAUGAGCCGAUUGAAAAAUGCUGACUUUAAAAAAAUAUGGUCUAAAAUACGACUUGGAGAAAAUGCGGACAAAGGAAGUGACACAAGUGCGACGCUCACAUUUUCUUUCAAAUCUUGCGUACUCGCCGGGCAUGGACUAAACAUCAAUUCCUGAAAGUUUUAGCUUGCGCUCUGCAAGCGCCGCUGAGAUAUUGAACGAUCAUUGCCGCCGGGAAAGUACACCAAAAGUGGAGAGCGGUCAGAGAGGAAAACACUUUAUGGUCAUAACUGAAAUGUCUAGCCAAUACGAUGGAAAUUGCGGCAGUUUUCAAGAACAAAGUUUAUGUUCCUUUGUGGAGGAAAAGGUAAGAGCGCAAAGGUUGCUUAGCUAGGAGAAGAUUUAUCGUGAUUUUAAUGGAUUUUAGGGAAAUUAAAAUCGAAAAAUGCGUCUUUAAAGCCGAUUUUUCGGACCCAAAUGCGCAGAUUUUGAUUAAUUUGGGAGAAAUAAUGAAUUUUUUCAGCGGGUCUCUAUACAAUGAGGAUUACCCUGAGGGAAACACUCAAUUUUUUUUAUUUAGCACGCGUGUCGGGCAUGAACUAAAUAUCGACUCCUGGAAGUUUCAGCUCCCGCUUUGCAAGCGGAGCCAAGAUAUUCAACGAUCGUUGCGGCCGAGAGAGCACACAAAACGCGAAGGGCGGUCAGAGAGAAUAAAACUUUUUGCUCAUAACUUUGCUAGUUUCAUGCGAAAAAAUUAAUUUUUUUUUGUGGAAAUAUUACACUUUACGGUAGAAAUAGAGGUGAAACUUUUUGUGCCAAAAUUUCUAAAAAAGUUUAAAAUUUUUGCCAACUUUUGACAUAGAAAUGUCUCGGACAUGCCUCAGAAAAAAUAUUCUAAAUUUGUGCCAAGUUUUAUCAAAAUCCAAACCUCGCACGGACGUAUUUCCCAGUCAGUAAAAUCGUUACUUUCGAAAUAAUUUUUACAAUUGCCUUUUUAGCAUAAAGAACAAAGAUUCCGCAUACACAUUCAACAAUGACCGCACGAAAUGCGCAAAAUCCGCACCCGCUGCUUUGGCGCCAUUCUUAAUUUCUUAAGAUCCCGACCAUUCUCACGGCCUUCAACCCCAUUCCAAAAGAGGCAACUUUUCAAGAUUAACCGAAUUAAACCGAAUGCGGGGUCUUCAAGCACUUCCCAGUCGGAGUUCCCAUAAACAAUUGGUUGGAAGCUGCAGAUAGUAUGCAAAGAGAAUGCCUGAAAAUUAAUGCACUGACAGGAUGCAGUUAUUUUUUCCGUCAUCUUUGCACAAACUUCAUCAAAAUUAGAGCAUCUAAUUUCAUUAUUAAAACAGUCCCAUAACGAAAACAUUGAAUGCCAAAAAUCUGUGGCAUUCCGCCACUUUCGUAAAAAUUGUGAAUUUUUCUGAUGGUUUCGGCAAUUUCAUGAAGAACAGAGGGUAAAUCAUCCAAAUUUUUAUAUCUUAUGUUUUAUAGUCGAUAUUUUCGCUUCCUUUUUUCUUUCGCACAAAGUCCGAAGACUACAAGCCUUGUGCUCUUUUUAUUUUCAUUCAUACCUCUAGAUCUUUGAAUCACACCUUCUUUCUAACAUAAUCAGCUCAACUGAAACUUAUUUUAGUUUGUAUAAAUUUAUUUUUAAUUCUAUUACCUUUUCGUUGCUUAAUUUAUAUUAUUUUAGGUGCCUUGAUAUGGAAAAGACCCUAAAGUUUCUCGAAAAUGGUGUUAAAUCGGGAAAUCGACGGUUUAUUUAUACCAGAAUUGAUGCAGAAAAGCUGAACGUGCCAGCACACGUCCCCAAAGGCUGGUUCCGAUUUCAGCCACCAAAUUUGCCGCAGGUGAAGCCGACAGAAUUUCUCAAAUUAUUCGAAGCUGAGAAGAAAAGUGAUGGAAGUUACGUGUAAGUUAACUCGAAUCUGGCUCGAUAAGUCUUUUUAUCAAGCAAUUUGGAAGUUGAAACAUAAUUUUGAGCGGUUCUGAGUAUUUUUAUAUUAUUUUAGGUAUCGAUUUCAUGGAGAAAGUUCCCCAAUGGGCCCGAAUCUUUACGGCGGUUUGAUGUAUGCCCAAGCUCUUUUGGCCGCUCAGAAUGAGGUGGAUCAGGAGUUUAGACCAACCAGCUUCCAUGGUCUUUACGUUGGACCUUGUAAGUGGUCGAGGCUUCAUGGACAAGUUUUCAGCCGACACCCAAAAACCGAUGGAUUAUCAAGUGAAGAAGUUGCGAGAUGGCAAAUCCUUCUCUGCUCGAUACGUGGAAGGCCGACAGGAUGGAAAAGUGGUCUUUGCGGGGCUGGGCAACUUUUAUAAAGUAAAUUUACAUGAUUAACGUAUUUUUUAUAACUUAGCCAAUGCUUAGAAAUUUUUUUCAGUUUUCACAUUUUUUUCAGUAUUCAUUUUUAAGUAUUAUUUUAUUUCAUUUCCAGCCCUUCGAGCCCACUAUGAUCCACUCAAUUGAAAUGCCAAAGGUCCCACCUCCCGAGCAAUGUCAAGACAUGUACGAAUUUCUCGAAGAAUCUCUGAAACGCCAUGAAAACGGUGAGGAAAGACUGGACGAACGGACGUUGUCUCACAUACAGCGAAGGUAUUUCGAUAGAGAAACCAAUAUUACGGAUGUAAGUUACGCGAAAACAGUUUUUUUGUAACCAGAAGGGCCAGGGAGACAUGACAGAUUUAUUUUGCCAAUAACUUUAAAAAUAAUGGACUCAAAUUUACAAAAAUAACAUUUCUGAGAUCUAAAAGUCCCCGAUCUUUAGGGAAGAUAACUCUCUAUUGCUAAAAAGCCCUAAGGAAGUCUGUGAACAUCAGUUUUAUAAGCUUUCCACCAUAAAGCCAUGCAAAACGGCCGUUCUCAAAAAUGAAAAUUGAAAAUUUGCCGAAAUCAGUUGAAAAAACUUGAAUAGCAAAAUCUUGCGGGGAUAUUAUGGCAAAAAAAUUAUACGUACGAAAAAAUGUAAGCCCUUGUAUCCGAGAAAUAUAAAUGAAAAAAUACUGGACGAAAAUUAACGCAAAAUAUAUUUCUCGGAUCCAAAGGGCUUAUGUUUUUUCGAACGUAUAAUUUUUUGCCAUAACGUCCCCUCAGGUUUUUUCAAUUCAAGUUUUUUUCCACUGAUUUCGGCAAAUUUUCAAUUUUCAUUUUGAGAACGGCCGUUUUUCAUGGCUUGAUGGGGAGAAAGCUUAUAAACCUGAUGUUCACCGACUUCCUGAUGGCUUUUUAGCAAUAAAGAGUUAUUUUGCCGUAAGAUAUGGGAUCUCGAGAUUUCAUAAAUGUUAAUUUUGUAGAUUUUGAUCCACUAUUUUUCAAGUUAUUGGCCAAAUAAGCUUGCCAGGUCCUAAACGCUUUUUUUUGAUAUCGAAAAUUGACAGAGGGUAUUUCUAAACGGAUGUUAUUUUUCAGUUCCGAUUCGUCAAUCCUCGCGCCUACUUUUUCGUCGAGCCGUAUAAAAACGACCCGGUUCAGUAUUGGUUCAAAACAAGGGUCCCGUUAACGGAUCCGAAGCUCCCAAAAAUCAUACAUCAGCUGCUUAUCAGUUAUGUCUCCGAUCAGACCAUGGCUUCAUGCAAUGUUGGCCCACAUUUGAGCCAUGGUCAUGAUGCAGCACACGCCACAAGUUUGGAUCACACAAUUUGGUUCCACAAUUUCGACUUUCGCGCUGAUGAUUGGAUUUUUAUCAAUGCCCAGAGUCCGAAUGCAGGUAGGAAAAUUUGGAUUUUUUAGCGGUUGAUUUGUGGGGAUAUUCAAUACAGAUUAUAAAGAGCUUCCUAAAUAAUUUUUUUCUUUGCCAGUCUCCUGGUUUUGCAAACUGCUUAUCUGCAAAAAUCCUUGAAUACCUCAAUUUUUUCAGCAGAUUUAUAGCCGAAAAUGGCGUGUCAAGUUCUAUUUUCGAAACGCUUUUUUUUCAAUUUUCAGAUAGUGGAACGGCAUUUGGAGCGUGCUCUAUUUGGACGCGGGAUGGUAAACUAAUCGCCUCGGGCGGACAAGAAAGUCUGGCCCGGCUAAAAACCCUCUCCAAACUCUAA